AUGACUGACAGAGAAUUCACUCUGAAACAUGUAUUCAAUGAUGUCGGUAAACUAGAAAAUGGACAAAAUCUCUAUAGUCCAAAAGAAGAACAUUUUGGGGUCGAUUGGAGAAUUAACAUGGAAACAGAUGAUAACCAUCUCGGGAUUUUUUUAAUCCAAUAUAGCGCUAUAAACCAAGAAAUUGGCGUUGAUUGUAGCAUGAAAAUUGUUUCAAAAAACAAGGAAAAGACUUGUUCAAUGUCUAUUAGUCUCAAAAAAGAACAAAACUGCAAUCAUAUGCUACUUACAAACCAAAGUCACCCAAAAGUUUAA